CUAAAACAUUGCUGCAAAAUAAUGUUGUGAUAAGAGACGCUGUUACACCCCCAACCGACCAAUAGUAGCCAAGAUAAUAUUUAAAUGUAUACAUGUGAAUAAUAUAUUCACAAAUAAAAUUAAAAUAAAAAUAAAAAGGAUUGACAUGCGGUUGUUUGAUAAUAUUUGGCUAAAAUGUUACUCAAGAGAGUGGAUCAGUCGUUGAAUAAGAAGCCGGUUGUACGCUGGCGGUGGUGGUGGUGGUGGUGGUGUUGGUGGUGGAAUUUUAAUUGUUAUUUAAUUAUUAAGUGGAAUGGAUACAAAAACACCAACUAUACCCUUGAAGUAUCAAGAGAAGAAACAACAAUCAAAAAAAAAAGAUAAAACAACUGGUGAUGUAUCAUUACCACCAUUGACAACACCACUACCAAAUGGUAUUAAAUAUAAAAAUAAAAAUCAAGGACAACGUCAUUGGAGUCGUGAUAUACCAUUUGUCAAUCAGGAUCCAAUAUCAAAACAUCCAUACAGAAUACUUCAUCUUGGAGCAACUCCAUUGAUGCAUGCUUGUCAACAAGCAGAUAGAUCAAGAGUAUUACGUUUAUUAAAAGAACAAGAAGAAACAAUUUGUUAUCGUGAUAGAACAUUGAGAAGUGCAUUACAUUAUUGUAUGGAUGCUGGUACAGCUGGUGCUGUUGCAUCAACAGCACCUGAACUUGUUAAUUCAUCAGAUAAUGAAGGGCAUACACCACUUCAUCUUGCUGUUAUUGCUGGUGAUACACAAUUAGUUGCUGUACUACUUGCAAAUGGUGCUGAUGUCAAUGCCAAGGAUCUUGAGGGACACAGUGUUCUUCAUUGGGCAACUGUUUGUGGUGAAGCUGAAUGUGUAAGACUAGUUCUUGCAUCUGGUGCAAGACCAUCAACACCAGAUUUACGUGGUGGUUCACCACUUCAUUAUGCUGCACAAUGUUGUGGUGCUGCUGUUACUGCUGAACUUUCAGUACCUAAAAAAAUUGGUUUAAAAGUAUUACAAACACUUUUAGAAUUUAAUGCUGAUGUUAAUGCUAAAGAUGAAGAUGGAAGACAGCCAAUAUUAUGGGCAGCAAGUGCAGGAAGUGUUGAGGCUGUACUUGCACUUGUAAGGGCUGGUGGAGCAGCAGCUGCUGGUGCAACUGAUAAAGAUGGUUUAACAGCUCUUCAUUGUGCUGCAUCACGUGGACAUGCAAGAUGUGUUGAAGCAUUAGUUAAUUUAUGUGGUUCACAGCCAGAUCAUGUUGAUGAUAAUGGCUGUUCAGCAUUACAUUAUGCUGCAACACUUGGACAUGCUGAUGCAACAGCAUUAUUAUUGAGACUUGGUGCUGAUCCAAAUAGACAAGAUCGAAAAGGCAGAACACCAGCACUUUGUGCUGCAGCAAAAGGACAAUUGGAAACAUUAAAAAUGCUUGCCCAACAUGGUGGUUCACUUAAUGCAAGAACAAUACGUGGUACUGGUGUUGCACAUGAAGCUGUAUUAUCUGGACGUAUUGAAUUACUUAAAUGGCUUGCACGUAAAAAACCAAGUACACUUGAUGUAUCAACAAAUGAUGGAAGAAUGCCACUUCAUGUUGCAGCAUUACAUGGUCAUUUAGAUGCUUGUAAAAUAUUACUUGAUAAUGAUGCUAGAAUAAAUGCAAUAUUUAAAACAAAUAAAGGUGGUACAAUGACACCAUUAGAUGCAGCACUUUAUCGUGGUCAUCGUGAUUGUGCUAAACUUAUACAAAUGCAUGGUGGUACAACUUCACAACAUCUUCGUAAUUGUCAAACAGCACCUAAUCGAGUUUUUGCAGCUAAAUUGAGAAUUAAAAAAAAUGCAAGUGAAUCAAGUACAACAAGUGAGUGUGAUUUCAAUCAUCAUCGUUGUCACAAUGCUGAUGUUUAUAUUGAAGAACAUUGGAUUGAAAAAAGAACAAGAAGAAGAAAUACAAAAAAAAAUAAAAAUAAUCGUAGUUAUAGUGAAGAAAAAAUAUGUCAUUUAAAAUCAUCAAAACGUGAACGUGAAAGACGAGCUAAAAGUGAAUCAGCAAGGUAUAAAAUUAAUUUAAAUAAUGAAAAACCAUGUAAAAAAAAAUAUUCAAGGCAUGAAUACAGUGAAUCAACAUCUUCAUUGUCAUCCUCAUCAUCAUCAUCAUCAGCGUCAUCUUCAAAUGAUUUGGAUGAUGAAAGCUCAGACAAUGAUGAUGAUGAUGAUGAUAAAGAAAAAAAAAAAAAACAUUCCAACAAAGAAAAACAUAGUAGUUUAAGUGAUGAUAGCCUUGAAGUUGUUGUUGUAAAAAAAUUAUUAGAAAAAAAAAUGGAAAAAGUAGAAUAUUCAGAUAGAAAAUCAAAAACACCAAGAGAAUUAUCACGUGAAACAAUAACAGAAUGUGAAAAAAAUAAAAAAAGUACAAAAAAAAAUGAUAAGUUAAAUAAAAAAAAAAAAAGAGAUAAUAGUGAUAAAAAAAAUUCAAAUAAUGAAAAAACAAAUGAUGAUAAUAUUGAUAAUAAAAAAGAAUUGAAAAAAAAAAAAUUAACAAAAGAUACAACUGAUAGUACGAGUCAAGAAGCUGGUGAAAGAGUAACAGUUACAGCAAUGAUUCAUAAAGAUCAAUCACCAGAUAGACCAAUUGAAAAUACAGCAGCUGAUAAUGUUGAUCAACAAUUAACAAAAUCUGAGAUGGAUGAUAUUCUUGAAAAAGCUGAUAAUAUGCAAAAUUCAUUGAUGAAUAAAGCUGCAGAUUUACGAAAAGAUGUUAAAGAUAUUCGUAGUCAAAGAACAAAAGAAAUUCAUGCAGAUGAUGAUAAAAAUAUUGAUGAUAAAUCAUUGUCAAGUAGUAAAACAGAAGAUUCAAGUAGUCUUGAUGAUGUUACGACUGAAAAUAGCACUGAAUCAUCUCAAUCAAAUGAUUCACAAUUAAAAAAAAAUCAAAAUCAAAAUGACGAUAGAACUUUAGAGCAUCAAGAUGAUGAAAAAAUAGAAGAAAUAAUUAGAGAAGAAACUCCAAUGCCUUUGGAAGAUAAUAAAAAAUCAAUUGAAACAUCAAAAACCACGUCAACUUCAAAUUCUACUCCUGAUAAAUUGACAAAUGAAAAUUCUUCAAAGCAUAGUAAAUCAAGUUCUAGUGAAAAAGAAAAUUCUCAAAUUAAAAAUGACAGUACAUCAGAAAGUGAAACAUUAAUAUCUAAAAAUGAAAAUCUAGAAAAUAUCGUAGAUGAUAAUUUAGAAAAAAAAUUAGAAUCUACUGAGAGUUUGAAAAAUGAUGAAAUAAAAAAUGAAACUUCAAGUGAAUUAGAAAAAAUAGAUAAAGAAAAAAAUUUUGAUGAUAAACCAUUGGAUGUUAAUCACAAUGAAAAUUCAAGCUCAGAAAAAUCAUCAAAAAAUUCACAUAGUUCAAGGCCAUCAACUGGUAAAACACCAAGAAAACAUGAUGAAGAAAAAAAGCCAAAAAAAUCAACAUCAAAAAGUAGUUUAUUUGAUGAAAAUUGUGAAAAUGAACAGUCAUCAAAUCAGAGUGCUAUUAUUGCUGUUAUUCAAAGUCCAGAAUGGGAUGACGAAGAUGAACAAGUUGCCAAAGAAAUAAGUGAUGUUGUUGGUGAUAAUGCUGAGCCUGAUACUGAUCCUGAUGAUGAUGAAGAUGAUAGUCUUGGAGUUGUCAGAGUGCUACCAUCUACCAGUGAUGAAGGUAGUCCAAGUACUCCACCAAAAUCAACAAAAAAUCAAACACCAGCUCAGGCUGAUAGACGAUUGAUUGGAAGUCCAGUUACUUUUAGACCACGUAGAAAACAAAGAAAAGACAGUACUGGUGGUGGUGGUGGUGGUGGACGUGAUAGUGGUAUUGAACCAAGUCCACGUGUAUCAAAAAUUCCAAAAAGAAAUAUAAAAUGUUAUCCAAAUACUAAAAAACAACAAGCAUUAAAUAUGGAAACAAUAACUCGUGAUGUAUCAAUUAAUUUACGUCGUUAUCAUCUUGAAAGAAAAAUAUUUUUUCAAUUAAUGGAAUUAAAACGUUUACAAAUACGUCAUGGUCAAACAAAUGAAAAUGUUCUUGUCAAAAGACAAGUUGAAGCAUUUCACAAAGCUGGAAUGGCUGGACCAGCUCUUGGUGUUGCACGAUAUGAUCAACCUCUAACAUUCAAAAAUUUCGAAGGAUUUCUUUAUGAACAAUUACGUCGUCUUCAAAGACGACCACCAUCACCAGAUUGGUGUACAGAUGCUAAACAAUGCACACUUAAAACACAUCGUUGUCAUCAUGCCACAAGUGCAUACACAUCAGUACCAAUUUAUACAUAUCUAGGUGGAGGAGAUCAUGAACGAGGUGAAGGUACAUUUUUUCCAAAAAUUGAAACUCGAGCAAGGGGUCAAAUGACGGUUGAAUUUACAAAAGGUGAUGAAAAACAAAUAAUAUCAUUACCAGCUGAAAAAUUGGAUCGCACAAAACGUUAUUAUGUUGCAUUCACAGUAAGAGGCGAUGAAAAUAAUCAAGAUGAUAUUAAAACUCCACGAAAUAACGCACAAAGAAAUUUAAAAAGUGUAUAAUUACCAAAAUUAAAUAUACUGCCACAGCAGAAUAAAAAAAUUAUAAAUAAAUAAUUACAAAAUAAUUAACUGUUAAAUAAAAAAAAAUUAUAAUGCAGAUUAUUUCUAAAUAGAAAUACGACCAUAAAAACUGCAUCUUAUUUUUUAUUUUCUAGCUGUAAAAAAAUAUUUGUUCUGUGUUAUUGUUAAUUAAUAAAUAAUUUUAAAAAAAAGAAAUAAAAAAGCCAAUGACAUUUCUGUCAUAUUUAAAAAAUGUAAUUAAAAAAUAAUAAAAUAAAAUAAAUAAAAA